AUUACAUUUUCAAUCAUCACUACCUCACAUCGAAGAGAAAGGAAGUCGUUGAGGGAGUCGAUGCCGUCGAGGCGUUACUGAGGGUUUCUAUGUUGAACAGUAGGCACGAUAUAGAUUCUCAGAAGGCACACAAAGGAAGAGUUUCUGAUAUUGAUUUGUUGGAGGUUACUUCCUGCAAACUGGAUCGUUACGACCGGUGGUUGACGAAUAAGUUAGCAUCUGGGAUAAGUGCACUGGCCGUCGGCUUCGAUAAGCAAUAUGAAAUAACGAAAUCGAAUUCUACAGACGAAACACGAGCUGAUUUGGAAAGAUGCUGUGCUCCACUAACAAUAAUCGCAGAUGUUUUUCACGCGAUUUCUCUUCAUCGUCGUUAUUCCAUCCUACCAUUUUUGGAUGGCAACGUUCGCAAAUUUUCUGAUACUUGCCCAAUUGAUGAAUUUUUAUUUGGAAAAACAUUCCCGGACCAAUGGAAAUCCGCAAGUGAAGCUCAACGAUUAGGAUUUUCAAUCAAGAAGAAGGAAAAAGCUCUGGGAUCAUCAUCUUCCAAACCAAUCGUCUAUAAGAAAUUGGAGCCCAAGCCAGGUCCGUCGAGGGUCCCGUCGUCUUUAAACUCCCGGCGCCAGCAACACAAAUCUCGCAUGAAAAAGGAGGCGGAGAGGUUUCGUUCAGCAAGGUCAUACCGGAAGCAGUAG